UUGGAAUACUGUACUAUUCCAAAAUAAUGCAUUUCUCCAGCAGAUAUUCUGGUCGUUUCGUUUUCAAUAAUCCACACAGUAUCUUUGAUGGGCUCUGAAAAGCCUUCAAUAGGUUUGAACUUUGAAAACUUUCUAGUCGUUUUGCGAUCAGUUUUGUUUGUGUCAGCUGUGAGUGUCGUUCUUUACAGUAACUGUUGUAGAUCAGAGAUCUGGUGUGAUAGAGGGUACUAGCAAAAGCAGCAAAGUGCCUGUGCCCGGCAGGACUAUGGCAGAGUUUGGCAGAACGUGGAGCAAUCGCUGGGAAGAGCCACGCCAGCACAGGACCGAGCCCAAGAGGCAUAGUGUGCCGGUAGUUGGGAAUUCCCCUGAUCCGUUGGGGUAUGCUCAUUCACAUCUUCCUCUUUCGAGUGACAGACCAGCACCGGUGGGUGCAGCAAUGCCAUCUUCGGCUAGCAGUGUUGCUGGUACUGGUGACCUGGGUAGGCGUUUGUCACAAGUGCAGGCUAAAUUUGAGGGCCUCAGCACGGAGGGCGCGUUUGCGACUUCGGACAGUUCCGACACGUCUGGCGGUGGCACUUCGGACCCAGCGCCGAUGCGGCCGUCCGUACGCGCACCACUCCCGCCACACACCGACAGGACAGCGGUGGCAAUGCAGGACUGGAGUACGCCGGCCGUGCAUCGCCACCUCAAGCACUUCCUGCCCGGCAGCCACGCCACCGCUGGUAGUGCUCUGCCACAGCCUGCCAUUGACGGGGACAAGUUUGGUCAAGACUUUGACCACUGGGAGCCACUAGUUCGUAGUAAGGACAACCUGUUGCACCAGAAAGACUUAACGAUCCAGAGGCUGCAGCGCGAAGCUGAUCUGCUGAAACGCCAGUGCCACGAGAGUGAGCUGAGAAUGCAGCAGGUUGUCCGUAGACAAGCCGAAGGAGACCAUGCCGCUCUGGACGUGAAGCUUGCAGAGACGCAGAACGAUUUGGCGUUAGCGCAUGCGCAGGCUGAGCAGGUUCGCAAGCAGACUGAGAGACAGCUUGCCACUAUGCAGGCCACUCUUGGAAAAUCUGAGUAUUCGCUCAGUAAAGCGCAGAAGAGAAUUGACGAGCUGGAAGGCGAGCAGGCAGCGCAUGGCAAGGAUGUGAAGAAAAUGAACCUGCAGCACGAUGAUGAUUUGGACAAGUUGAGGUGCGAAGUGGAAGAAUCGGCGAAGCGAGAGGAAGCCACAAAGCAACGCGUUCAGUCGUUGGAGCGCUACUUGACCAAGGUCCCGACUCCUCAGGAAGUGAAGAAGUCGCAGGAAGCACUUACAACAUGGAGAGAGCGUUGUCAGGCAGCUGAAGAUGCUUGCCAUGCAGCGCAGGAAGCACUGGGGCAGAAAGAGGAUGAGAUGGAAGCGCAGCGAUCUGAAUUGGAUCGUGUGAAAGCACAGGUAUCGGCGCUAUUGCAACUACAGAGUGGAAGUGUUCAAGAGCAGUUGACCAACACAUCUCACUGUAGUCGCGAAGAGCUGCAGGCUCUCUUGCUGCAAAGCCAAGCGCAGUGCAGUGAACUGCAUGGCAUGUUGGAAAAGACCCAGUCGCAGACAACUGAUGAUAUGCAGAAGGUCAGGCAUCGCUACAAGCAGCUCUACGCGCGUGCCACUGCUGAGCUGCAGAAAGAAUGUCAGCUGCUGAAACAACGUGCCGAGGAACAAGAUUCUGCCUUGCACGAAGAAAAGCUGAGCAAUAAAGCACUCCAAGAAAGACUGUCCGAACGGCAGUCCAUAAUCGAUGACCUUCGCUCGACCACCACACAGCUUGUCACACAGAAUCAAGAGCUGCUGGAUCAUAGUUUGCAGCUGGAACAAGCUCAUCAGCAGCAAGGACUCCGUUUGCGCUCGCUGUCUUCCGAAUCGAUCCACAAAGUGCGCAGUGUCCAGGCAGAGCUCCGAGCCUGCGUGGGUGACCUGCGUAACUUGAUUCAAGUUUGGAAAAGUUUUGUCGACGGCCAUGACCCGGACAUGUCUCGCUUGUUGGGCCUUUCCGCCCCUGUUGUUCCCGAACAACCCAAUCACGAUCAGGAUGUUGACACUACUGGUGAGAACUUUGUAGAAGACCUAGAGGCACAACUCGGUGAUGUGCGCAAGCUACGAACUGAAGUGGACCAACUUCGCUCACUGCUGGCAGACCAGUAUGCCCAGGAACUGGGAUCUUCUUGCCCCAUUCAGUGAUGAUGUGUGUGGUCCUGCUGCUGCUAUACUGCACCAUAGCCCUGACCUCUAUGUGUGCGCACACUGGGCUUUCAACUCUGCGCUACUGUGCAUGCUGUAGUCGACACGCAGGCACUUAAUUCUGCGCACACUUCCUGUCAGUUGUCAAACAGUGCUAUCUUGGCUGUGCGACUGCUUCUUCGUGCAGUGCGCAAGACAGCUGCAAAUUGUCUGAUCUUUCCUGUCGGUAUUGGCCUUAGUCGAUAACUCCCUACAUACUGACAAGCCCAUACAUGAGCUAUUUGAGCCUGAGGCUACAAUCCGUUCUUGACCUUAGAAUUAUUUCAGGCGUAGAAUAUUUUUUUAUACUGACCAGUAUGUCGUUCUCCUCUCAUCCGAUUGAUAUUCAUCAUUCAUUUUUUUCUAUUUGGAUUUUGCACAAAAUUUAUUUUUACUUGUAGGUUGUCUCCUUCUUUUCUGGGAUAGUUUUUUCAUAUUUUGUUCCAAUUUUAGUCCAAACUCAUUGAUAGGGUUUUUGAUGUGUGCUGGUAGUUUUCUGCUUGAUAGUUAUGCGCUUGCAGCACUAACAUUACGUGUCGUGAAAAGGUGACAUCAAGAGUAAAAUAAGCUCUUGGUAACA